UGGAUAUCCCUCUCCAUCUCGUGUGGACAGCCACCAAACGAAACACGGAGGAAAAGCAGCAGCGGCGUCUGCGUUUCCCGAUCGGAGCGGUUGAGCAAAGGCGGCGGCGCCGCCUGCGAUUCCCGAUUGGAGGCUCGGAGCGGUUGAGCAAAGCCGGCGGCGCUCGAGCACGGAGGACUACGGAGCCGGCGAAUAGAAGCAGCAAGGCCGUCUCUUCCCCACUCAUAAAAAAUCCAAAGGUUUCUUGGAAUUACAUAUUUUUGCAAACUGAAUAAUCGUUGGAUGUUACCAUGGAUUUUCUUGAACCAAUGGUAGCCUUAGACGAGACACAUUAUCAAGAUGGUUACAAAGAUGGUUAUGAUGAUGGCUUGGUAUCUGGGAAGGAAGAAGGAAGGCAGGUCGGUUUAAAGAUGGGUUUCCAGGUAGGUGAAGAGCUAGGAUUCUAUCAGGGCUGCUUGGAUGUGUGGAUGUCAAUAAUUUGCCUUGAUCAAGAUGCAUUCUCAGCUCGGGUCAGGAAACACAUGGAGCAAUUAGCUGCACUUCUAAGCAACUAUCCUUUGUCUGAUCCAGAGAAUAAUCAGCUUCAAGACAUGAUGAAGGAUAUAAGGCUGAAAUUCAGGGUUAUCAUGGGAAGCUUACGAGCAAAAUUGGGGUAUGAAGGUCGUCCCACAUCAUCUGAGCAAGACUUUGAGGACAUUUAGCUUGUUUAGCAUUAUUGAUAAGCUUCUUAUGGAUUAUCAAAUCUCAGCACCACUUUGAAACUGUUAUUUGGUGUCUAUAUGUUUGCUUUUGAUUUGGACUUAUGAUGUUCAGUUUUACGUUUGCUGCUAAAGAGCUGCAAGGAAAUGUGCUGCCACUGGGAUAGCAGAGGAUACCUGAAGCAGUGUAUCUAACAACCACUUCAAGUCUUCAACUUGAGAAAAAAUUGGAGUCAUGUUGUUUCGUU